AUGUCUAUGGACGCGAACCCGGUUCCGGGUCGUCCCUACUUGGAAGACCUCUUCUGUCACAACGUCACCGUCAAAAAAGUGACGUCACUCAAGUGCAACUAUCCGCCUUCCUAUCUCCUGAAGCAACAGCUCUUUGGAGGUAACGGCACUUUCGUCAAUAGACUUUUUGGUUCUUUUUUGUUGUUAGUCUUUAAGUAUUCGUUAGUACCGCAUCUCGAAACGAAGCUGCGAACAUAUAGCCGCCGAGAAAAAAUUAUAUUUUGCGAUUUUUUUUUUAUCAUAAAUGUUUAAUUUAGUCUCGAGUGCAAGCUUUUAUAAAAAUAAUCUUCCGUGAAGUUGAUAGCCAAUUUCAUUGACGAAAAGUUGUCACUUUUAGGCCUCCCAGCCGUCGGAGCCGGCCUUCUGCAGAUCGUACUCUUGACGCUUUUUUGGCUUCUGAGCGUCAAGAUGAAGAACGACAUGACGCGGGCUUUUCUCACGGUCGUCUACCUGCCGCUCACCUUUUCGGCCAUUUUCAUGAUCCUUGGUGGUGUUGAGGGGGUUCUUUUCGAAGAAACGUCUGGCUUCAUGUGAGUGGGCAGUUGAAAAAAAAAGCAGCUAUUCGUAGAUGUCCUCUAUUGAUGAAAUCAAACAGAAAAAGAAAUUCGAUUAAUUCUGAUAUAGACUUGGAGGCGCAACUUAAAGGUUAUAAAUUUAGGAAAGGUUAAAAAAAAGUUCACAAAAAAAAUGUUUUGGAAUUUGAGAAAGCGUUUUCUACUGGGAGAUUUUUACAUUGGGAACGCAAUUCUUCGAGCCAUAGCUGAAUUCUUCAAUCUUUCAGCUACGAUGCUUUCCAAGCGUUUUUCAACACCUGUCUGACCUCGACGAACAUUUGCAUCGCACUGGGAACUCCGUUCUACCUUGGCGCUUUGAUGUUCGUCGCUCGACGUCGAGAGAACUUCCAAAUGCGGGAGAUGUGGUCAGAAGGAGCCGGGAUAUCUACGAAAAUCGAUGAAAGUUCUCUCAGGGACGCCCACUGUUCGAUUCUCCUGAUUUCGGUUUUGCUCUCCGCUUCUUACCAUUUCGUCGACAUCAAAUGGUCCCAACUGCAAGCCGCCGCCAUUUUCUUCUUUCUCGCCGUCGGAACCAUCAGCUUCGUCUUCCUCCUGAUUGGCGUUGGGUCAAACUUGCUCAGAAUCAGAAGAAGAAGAAUUUUCAGUCCAUAAUAACUGCAUUAGUGUGCGGGAAACAGGAGAAAGCCUCGGCGGCAAACGUCUCAGAAGAUCCGGUGGUGUAUGAUGCCCGCACUCGUCUCGCCUGGUCCUUCCCCUUCCUUCUCAUCCUCAACCUUUCUCAGUUUGCCCAGAUUGGUAUGAUUUUCGAUAUUUGAAGAGAACACAGUUAAGAUCUGAUUUCGAAUAGGAAGAAUGCGCGAAGAUUUCAAAAAGUCCCUAUUAUGUUAGGUUCGACAAGAGAACACAAUAAAUCUCUUUUAUUGACAGGAAUUGAGAAAAACAUUUUUUGCAGAAGUCUUUUUUGAAGUUGUUGCUAUCUCUUAAAAAGAGAAGUUUUUCAGCUCACCUUUCCGUCGAACAGUUCACUCCCUACCUUUGGAACGACGAUUCCGAGAAGAAGCCUUUCUACAAAGGCCAGGCCGUUAAAUUGCUCUACUUUGACGCUUCGAAGCUCAUCUGGGGUCUGGUCGCCGCAGCGGCCUUCAUUUUGAGCUCUUCUACUCAUCACGCCAUCGUCGCCUUGCUCAGUUUCGGAAAAAAGCAUCCUCAGAAAGUUUUCGUCGAAUCUCAGAAGGCUCCGCUACUGCAGAGCUCGGACAAGAAGGUUUUGUUUUCGAGAAAAAACACUUUGACAUAGUUGAGAAUAUAUUUCAGUCAGUUGAAGCUUACCCUGUUCAAGCUUCAGCUCCAGCAACAGGCCCGCCUCCGCCUCAUUUCCACCUCGCUCCUCCAGCUCCCCACGCCCAUCAAGAUAUCUACCCUGGCGCCAACGGGAUGCCGAGCCUGAAUUUCGCCCCCGGAAUGGUCCAGUUCCCACCGAAUAUGCAGACGACUAUUGUCUACACCCCGCCCACUCAUCCACCGAAAUCGGCGGUCUUCGUUGAGGAACUCGCUUGA